UAGCAGUAAACAGGCAGCUUGAUUCUGUCAGUUUGGGGACUCAACAGUAGUAAUUCUUGGGAGCCACUCUUUGAAGACACCAGUCCACAAAGAACCUUCUACCAAGAUUUUCAGGACCUAAGUGGUGAUGCAAGCCCUAGGAAGGGUUAUGUGUCUUUGCUCUUCAGUGGAUACUACAUGAGGGUCAAGGUAUCUCCAAGAGUGCUCUCUACCAGCAAGAAAAAGAAAUGGGUGAAUCAUGAGUUCUUACAAUUGCUAAUUUUGGGCUUCUGGCGAGGUCCUUUAUAGAACUGAUAUCUUAGUGCCAGUCUCAUUGCUUUCAACCGGUUCCUUGUCUGCACCCAAUUGGGGGAAAAAUGCCUGAAAACGGCACAAUGGUUCUGAAGCCUGAGAGCAUAGUAUAUAUCAUGGUAGAGGUUGUUAUCGGACUUUGCUCCAUCGUAGGCAAUGUGCUGGUCAUCUGGGUGGUAAAACUAAAUCCAAGCCUGCAGAAUACCACCUUCUAUUUCAUUGUCUCUCUGGCUGUGGCUGACAUUGCUGUGGGUGUGCUGGUCAUGCCUCUUGCCAUUGUGGUUAGCUUGGGCCUCACCAUUCACUUCUACAACUGCCUUUUUAUGACCUGUUUGCUGUUGGUCUUUACCCAUGCCUCUAUCAUGUCCUUGCUGGCCAUUGCUGUGGACCGCUACCUGAGGGUCAAACUCACAAUCAGAUACAAGAGAGUGACCACUCAGAGAAGAAUAUGGAUGGCCCUGGGGUUCUGCUGGUUGGUGUCAAUUCUGGUGGGGCUGGUCCCCAUGUUUGGUUGGAAUCAGAGACUGAACCCAGAGUGUUCUGGGAAUUCCAGCUUCCUCCCAUGUCUCUUCCGUUCAGUCAUGAGAAUGGACUACAUGGUUUAUUUCAGCUUUUUCACAUGGAUCCUCAUCCCUUUGGUCAUCAUGUGCGCCAUCUAUGUUGACAUUUUCUAUGUUAUCCGGAACAAACUCAGACAGAACUUCUCUGGCUCAAGAGAGACAGGUGCAUUCUAUGGGAGAGAAUUCAAGACAGCCAAGUCCCUCUUUCUCAUCCUCUUCUUGUUUGCCAUAUCCUGGCUGCCUUUAUCCAUCAUGAACUGUGUUUCUUAUUUCUUCCCUAAUGCUGAGGUACCUCCAACUUUGCUUAGCUUGGGCAUCCUGCUAUCCCAUGCCAACUCAAUGAUGAAUCCCAUUGUGUAUGCUUGCAAAAUUAAAAAGUUCAAGGAAACCUAUCUCCUGAUCCUCAAAUCCUAUAUCCUACACAUACCUUCAUUCAGACGUCUGCAGAGGCCUGGAAGUCCCCAGAGACUGCUCUUCUAUCUUUCUUUUCAGAGAUUUGCUUCUUGGGCAAUGCAUCUCUUCUUAAUGCUUCUGGGUGCUCUUUUUACAGAUGCUAUAGUCAUGGAUAGGAAAUUCAAGGAAGCCUUUGUACAGGAUACGGCUUCUGCCACCUGCAGCUAUGACCCCUACUACAAAGACUAUCCCAAGUAUUGGUGCAAAGGCUAUUAUCGUAACUUCUGCAAUGUCAUUGCUGCCACACCUAACAGCACCAACCGAGUGUCCCUGAAGGACACAGGAAUGCAAUUCAUCAUUACUCUGACAUGCCUUACCAAGGAGGAUACAGGAUGGUACUGGUGUGGCAUACAGAGGGACCAUGCCAGUGACUACAUGGAUUACACAGAAUUGAUUGUGUUUGAUGGUGUGAAAGACACAACAGGCUCACAGGGGAAGGAGAACAGAACCUGUAAGGAGAGUGGUAUUGGCUAUAGUGAAAACUACAACAGAAGAACGUGUCAUCAGCCCAUGCUCCCUUUGAGGCUGUCUAUCCUGUCCAUCUGCAUGCUGGUCAUGGGGAUCGGGGUCAUCACUGUUGCAGUUAUUUUGCUCAGGAGGAAGCGAAGUCAAAAGCAUGUCCGGAAUAAGAUCCUAAUUCGCCUGGGGGAUCACAACUUCCGAUCUUCUCCUAUGAUACCCACGCCCCUGACUUGCUACCAGUAUCUCCUAGGAUCCUGGUCUUUCCUUUUGCCUGGGUUUCAUUUUAAACAUGUAGCAAAGAUGAAUGGCAUAAAUACCUAACAGAUGACACUGUGAAGCCCUUCUUGGGCCAACCGAUGAUGCAAGAAAAGGCUCAUAGGAACAGACAUGCCUGAAGAUUUCUCAAAAUAAUAAAAUCAGAAAUAAAAUAAUGCCAUAGCAGAGACAAAUGAAAA